AUGGGCGGUUUGGGCAAAACAACUCUUGCAAGAGCAUUGUAUAACAAGCGGCAUUCUGAAUACGACGGGUCUGUCUUUGUGGAAAGAGUGGGAGAAAAGUCAAAGAAUCGUGGAACAGAGUAUGUGAAGAAAGAACUUAUUUCGGCAUUAUUAGGGGAUAAAAAUCCUCACACUAGCUCUUAUGACAUGAUGAGACUAGGACGGAAAGAAGUUUUCACUGUUUUUGAUGAUGUUGAUAAUUAUGAUCAAGUGAACAAUUUGGUUGGAAGGCGCGAUUGGUUUAAACCAGGGAGUAAAAUCUUAAUAACUACUAGAGAUACACUAGUCCUUGGUACUAAAGUAAAUCGUGAUGAUAUAUAUGAGCUAAAGGGUUUAGCUUCUAAUGAGGCGUUUCAACUUUUCUCUUCACAUGCCUUUGGAAAAGACUGCCCUAUCCCUGACCCAAAUCGAGAAAGGUUGGCAAAGAAAGUGACUAGGUAUGCAAAUGGAAAUCCAUUGGCCCUGAAAGUUUUAGGUUCCUCCUUGUCUGAUGAGAGAGAUCAAAAUGUUUGGGAAAGCCGAUUGGAAAAACUUCAAAAAUUACCUGAUCCACAAACCAACGAAGGAUGUCUUUCAAUUGAGGAUGUUGAGGCCGUAAGAGAUUUGUUAAAAACCCGACGUGGUUAUUCAAUCUAUUCUGAGUUGAAAAGACUUAGAGAGACAGCUCUUUUAGAAGUUGAUGAAUUUGGGAGAAUAUCAAUGCACGAUCUACUGAGAGAAAUGGGUCGACAGGUUGUUCGUGAUGAGUCACCAAAGCAUCUUAGAAAGCGCAGUCGAUUGUGGGAUCCUAAGGAAAUAUAUGAAAUAUUGAGGGGAAAAGCGCCUUACAAGCGAUACCCAUCUCCGAUCUCUCACUCGGCUCUAUGCAUGUGGUUGCUCAAGUCUGGAGGGAUUUUCAGUGACCUCAGAAAAGGAAGAGUUCGAUUUAGACCUUUCAGGAACAGCCAUCAGUGGCAAGUUGUGCUCCUGCGUGACCUUCGACGUCUUGAAGCUGGAGGGUGUAAUGAGCUAGCAUCACGUCUCCUGUCCAAGUGUGAUAAGAUGCGUGCUUUGGGAGUUCUAUGGCUUCCGCAUUGCAAUGAAUUAUCUAAACUUCCUAAUGACAUCAGGUUGCUGUCAUCAUUACGUGAGUUAAAUCUCUCACGGACUCGUGUACAGACCUUGCCUUCACGCAUCAAACAUCUUUCACGCCUGCAACGUCUUCAACUGGAUGGAUGUAAAAGGCUUGAUUCUCUAUCGGACCUCCCUCCCUCUAUCCUGGAAUUGUAUGCCGCUAACUGCAUAUCCCUUAAGACUAUACAAUAUUUACCUUUGACGAACGAAGGUGAAGAAGGAAAAGAUAAGGCAUGUCUUUGUAUUCACAAAUUGCAAGAAGCUGAAUCGACGGGCAAUCAAAGCUGCGAGGCAAGAGCGCUAGUUGAGAUAAAUAAAGCCAUUUAUGGCUUUGCUAGAUUGGAAUAUCCAAGGGUAAGACUUCCAAAGUGGUUCAAGUUUAAGAGUAAUGAAGAGGAUCCCAUGACUGUGAAUCUCAGUUCGAUUCCACGACCUUGGGAUGGGAGAUUCUUUUUUGGCGCCGUCGUUUCUGAAAAGGGGACAGACAUUGAGGUCAGAUGGUUUGUUGAUGGUCAAUAUGCCUGCAGGGUUGAAGACAGCUCGUUUUUGGUGAUUAAGCAUACGUCGUCAGAUCAUGUUUGUGUUUGGUAUCGUCUAGAUUCAUUACGACAACUAAAAAGGAAGAUUGAAGAAAAGGAAAGAGAUGCUCAAAGUAGGACUUAUCGUCCAUAUGUUGAUAUUAAAUUCAGACUCCGUAAGCUGUAUGGCAGAAUGAUAGCAGAAGCACAGAUCAAAGAGUGUGGGCCUCCUUAUGUUUGCAGUGGCAUACAUGCACUGGUUGUAUUAUCUUUCAACCAAUGCACGUCGAGUUUGUUUUCAAGCGACCAUCGUCUUCCUCCUCGUCAUCAGUCAGCCGCUGACUUCGCCAUCAACUACAAAUCUACAAUGGGGCUUGGUUGCCCCUUUCACAAAGAAGCUGUCUCAAGUUGGAUGAUCUGCCCACUUCUAUUGGAUCUUGAAGAAUUUCAACAGCUGGAUUGA